AUGGGCGCCGACGCGGCGCGCCCUCCCUCACCUCCCUCCGGACCCGCUGGCGUAACGGAAGGGCUUAGCGUCGCCGGCGCGCAACCGAUGGGCGCGGCGACAGCUAACAGCACGCUCAGGUAUGGAUUAACCGUAGAGACACCGAGGUCACCGUCCUACGACACGACAUUGCUAUGGCGAAGGGAUUUAGCCAAGCGGUUACGGCGUCGUUCCAGACCCACGCCGAUCCCAGCUAGACAUCCCAAGGCUGCCGUCAUAGACAGAACUACCGAGAAACGAAAGUCGCUGCAGGAAACUACCAAGGAGGUAAAUAAACCAAUUAUUAAAGCUCAGUCCGUCAGAUCACAUGCGAGCAGUCGCACUGUGAUAGAAGCGCAGCUGUCUCAGGCGGAGCUCGAGGCCAGCGAACGGCUAGCGGAGAUAUCCCGGAGGGAGUUGCAGCUAGAAGCGGACAUGGUACGUAAACGGCUAGACGCCAGAAAACUGCAGAUCCGCGCUAAUGCGGAUAGCGCAGACGAGCACGAAUCUGCUGGUAGCGUGCGGAAUUCGAAUCAAGAUCGAUUAGACGAAUGGCUAGAGAACUCGCGAGACGCGACGUCAAAACCCAUUUGUAAGAGGUUAACCGACGAACCUCUACCCAAGUACGAGACUCCGAGACGACCUGCGCAGGCGGAGCGGCAUAUUCGAGGCCUCUCACCGGACCGCCAGGUCAGACUGCCCAAAAGCAACAUUUCUACAGCCGAGCGUCAUGCUUUAAAAGCCCUCCGGGACAAUGAGGAUUUACUCGUUUUAAAAGCUGAUAAAGGAAACGCGACUGUAGUCAUGGAUAGGUUAGACUAUGACAGCAAAAUUCAGGCUCUUCUUGCUGAUAGGAGUGUGUACAAACCCGUCAACUACAAUCCUACUGCCAGGGUCACAACACGUCUGAGGAAGCUCAUCAAAGAACACGAGGAGUUGUUUACUGGGGACGACUUUACCAAUAUUCAUAGGCCAAAAGUGGUACAACCACCGAAGUUGUAUGGGCUACCAAAGGUGCACAAGUCUGGCAUACCCUUGAGGCCUAUUGUUAGUCAGAUUGGAUCUCCUUCAUACCACUUAGCGAAGCAUGUUGCGGGUGUAUUGCAAACGCUAGUAGGGAAGACUACGUCGUUUGUAAAGGACUCUCGUCAUUUUAUUGACAUUGUGAAGACCAUAAAAUUGGAACCAGAGGAGAUUAUGGUGAGUUUCGACGUGGAGUCGUUAUUCACCAAUGUUCCAUUAAGGGAGUGUCUGGGCAUUGUUAAGACGAAACUCGUGGAGAACGGUCAUCCUGAGGGGUACGUCACGCUGUUGGAGCAUUGUCUGGAGGGGAAUUAUUUCCUCUACCAUGGACAGUUUUAUCUGCAGGUGGAUGGAGUAGCAAUGGGCAGUCCAGUAGCCCCAGUAAUUGCUAACAUAUGGAUGGAGCAUUUUGAAGAGUUAGCAUUACGCUCCGGACCGCCUGUGAUUACACUGUGGAAGAGAUACGUAGAUGACGUGUUCUGCAUUUUGAGGGGCAGCUCCGAUACAGUGGAACGGUUCGUUGACCAUUUAAACUCCAUCCAUCCAAAGGUAAAGUUUACCUUCGAGAUGAAGAGCGACAGAUCCCUACCUUUCCUGGAUGUAAAGUUGAAAGCUAAACCAGAUGGAACCCUGGCACACUCCGUAUACAGAAAGCCCACCCACACUGACAGGUACCUGCAAGCUUCUUCCCAUCAUCAUCCGAGACAUCUGCAAUCGGUGGUCACAUCCCUGGUUAACAGCUAG